AUGUCCAACCUCACUCAUAAUAAUGGCAAUGGCACUGGCUAUGGCAAUGCUACUCUGCUUGAGAAUCCCGAGCUCUGUACCCUGCAAACUUGCGACUUGUCCAUGGCAAGCUUCCUGUACAUUCCAACACUCGCUGGGAAUGCCUUGUACACUGCCAUCUUCGGUGUUUUCUUAGUCGGACAACUCUACUUGGGCAUCAAGCAUAAGAUCUGGGGUUAUAUGACGGCUAUGAUUCUGGGACUGCUUCUUGAGAUCAUUGGCUACAUUGGUCGGAUCUUACUUCACAGCUCUCCAUUCGACAACAACGACUUCCUCAUGUACCUCGUCACACUUACUAUCGCCCCGGCGCUGUUGAGUGCUGCCAUCUACCUCUGCCUCGCCAGAAUCGUGAUCGUCUAUGGCACACACCUUUCGCGUCUCUCGCCCCGCACGUACACAUUUGUCUUCUGCACAUGCGACUUGAUUAGUCUCGUCCUCCAGGCAGUGGGAGGUGCCAUUGCCUCGACCGCGAACACCCACUCGGAUUCAGAUCUUGGCAAGAACAUCAUGUUGGCGGGUCUGGCCUUCCAGGUCUUCUCCCUGCUUCUGUUCUGCGUCCUGGGGAGCGAGUUCGCGUACAGAGUCUGGACGCAUAGAGGAACAUGGAACCCACGGUACGUGAGUCUUGUCGAGACACGCCUCUUCAAAAGCUUCCUCGUCGGACUCGUCAUCGCCACCGUCACCAUCUUGGCGCGAUGCAUCUACCGAUGCAUCGAGCUCUCGGGCGGUUUCAACGGCACGCUUUUUGUCAAUGACGAGGCAGUGUUCAUGGUCAUGGAAGGCCUCAUGAUCAUCAUCGCUUGUUUCUGCUUGACUUUCUUGCACCCGGCCGUUUGCUUCCAGGGAGUGUGGCACCAGGCGACUUUCUCGUUCCGCAAGUCGAAAGCGGCGCGGGAUAUCAAGCUGGAGAGUAUGCCGUACGAUGAAGAAUCACAGAUGUCCAGAGACAGGUUCCUUUCCUCGCAAGAAAAUCAGUACAGUGGUCGUUGA